UUACACGACAUUCUGCGAGAUAACAAUAACCAUCCUGUCAGAAAAAUGUCAAUUUCCACAUUUUUGUAGUUUAUCUCUUCCUGGAAGCAAAGAACAACCUCUCAAGCUGGAUUUAAACGUAAUGGAACCUGCUGCGGCAGGUUCGAACCGAGUGGUUCGGGUGAACAUGAUGGAAGGGGUCGGAGCGAGGGUUAUUCGAGGUCCCGAUUGGAAAUGGGGAAAACAAGACGGAGGAGAGGGUCACAUUGGGACUGUCAGAAACUUUGAAAGCCCGGAAGAAGUAGUAGUUGUCUGGGAUAACGGAACAGCUGCUAAUUACAGAUGUGCUGGUGCCUAUGACUUAAGAAUUUUAGACAGUGCCCCAACAGGCAUUAAACAUGAUGGAACAAUGUGCGAUACAUGCAGACAGCAGCCAAUCUUUGGAAUACGCUGGAAGUGUGCUGAAUGCACCAACUAUGAUCUGUGUUCUGUCUGCUACCAUGCAGACAAGCACAAUCUCCGACAUCGCUUUUACAGGAUUAUAACCCCUGGAAAUGAAAGAAUAUGUGUGGAAACUCGGCGUAAAAGUAAAAAGAUCACAGUGCGUGGCAUAUUUCCUGGUGCAAGAGUUAUACGAGGUGUUGACUGGCAGUGGGAGGACCAAGAUGGUGGCAAUGGGAGGAGGGGCAAAGUUACAGAAAUACAGGACUGGAGUGCUGCGAGCCCAAGGAGUGCAGCGUACGUUCUAUGGGACAAUGUAGCAAAGAAUCUCUACAGGGUUGGCUUCGAAGGAAUGUCAGACCUCAAGGUUGUCACAGAUGCCAAAGGUGGGACAGUGUAUAGAGACCAUCUACCUUGUCUAGGUGAGCAAGGUCCAGGAUCUAGAUCAGGUCCGGGUGGUCUUGCCAUUGGGGACCAGGUUAAUGUAGAUUUAGAUUUUGAAAUUGUUCAGUCUCUCCAACAUGGACACGGCGGCUGGGCUGAUGGAAUGUUUGAGUGUUUAGGUCAGACAGGGACUGUGGUUGGUAUAGAUGAAGAUCAUGAUAUUGUUGUCUCAUACUCCAGUGGAAAUAGAUGGACAUUUAAUCCAGCAGUGUUGACUAAAGUGAGCACGCCUAGUAGUACAAACUCUGCAACAAGUGAGAACGGGACAAAUUUAGGGGCGACAGGUUCUUCAACGACCCCUCAGUUUGCAGUAGGAGACCUUGUACAGAUACUAAGUGACGUGGAAAGAAUUAAAGUGCUACAGCGUGGACAUGGGGAAUGGGCAGAGGCAAUGAUGCCUACUUUGGGUAAAAUUGGACGAGUACAGCAGGUUUAUCAUGACAAUGAUUUGAAGGUUGAAGUAUGUGGUACGUCAUGGACGUAUAAUCCGGCUGCUGUCACCAAGGUGGCAUCAUCUGAUGGGGCAGCUAUAGGAAACUCAUCUGGAGAGAGAUUGAGUGCGUUAUUAAAGAAGCUGUUUGAGACACAUGUAUCGGGAGACGUUAAUGAAGAGCUGGUGAAAGCUGCGGCAAAUGGCGACUCGUCGAAGGUGGACGAGAUACUACAGAGAUCUGAUGCCACUGUCAAUGUGAAUGGAGUGUUUGCUGGACACACUGCGUUACAGGCAGCCUCACAGAAUGGUCAUGUUGAUGUUAUAAAAGUACUCAUGAAGUAUGAUCUAGAUAUGGAAAUAGAGGAUAAAGACGGGGACCGGGCUGUGCACCAUGCCGCCUUUGGUGAUGAGCCUGCUGUUAUAGAACUCCUACAUCGGGGAGGCGCAGACCUUAAUGCACGUAACAAACGACGCCAGACACCUCUACAUAUAGGGGUCAACAAGGGUCACAUCGGGGUUGUGAAAGCUUUGCUGGAGAUCGGAUGCCACCCUAGUUUACAAGAUUCAGAAGGAGAUACUCCACUUCACGAUGCUAUCAGCAAGAAACGCGAUGACAUGAUAUCACUGUUGUUGGAGUUUCACGCCGACCUGACAAUCACCAACAAUAACGGCUUCAAUGCGUUACACCAUGCAGCACUCCGUGGAAACCCAAGUGCGAUGCGAAUCUUGUUGUCAAAAGUUCCUCGUCAGUGGGUCAUAGAUGAAAAGAAAGAUGACGGUUACACGGCACUUCAUCUUGCCGCACUGAACAAUCACGUUGAGGUAGCGGAGCUCCUUGUACAUGGGACAGGAUCAGACAGAAAAGCCAACCUGGACAUACAGAAUGUGAACCUGCAGACAGCUUUGCAUCUUGCUGUUGAGAGGCAACAUACACAGAUUGUUCGGUUACUGGUAAGAGAAGGAUGUAACUUGAAUGUACCUGACAAGGACGGAGACACACCACUGCAUGAGGCAUUGAGACAUCAUACACUGUCACAGUUACGACAGCUACAGGACAUGCAAGAUGUCGGAAAGUUACUUAUGGGAUUAGGUACUCCGGGAGCAGACAAGAAAUCAAGUGCUUCUAUUGCAUGUUUCCUGGCUGCCAAUGGGGCUGACCUGAAUAUCAAAAAUAAAAAGGGACAGACCCCACUUGACCUCUGUCCUGACCCCAACCUGUGUAAAGCACUUGCCAAAUGCCAUAAAGAAAGACUCAGCCCUGGAGGUGCUUCCAAUGUUGCCAUCAUACGUAACGAUCAAGAGGCCCUGGAAGAGUGUAUGGUUUGUUCAGAUCUGAAGAGGGAUACGUUGUUUGGCCCCUGUGGUCACAUCGCAACUUGCUCCCUGUGCUCACCUAGGGUGAAGAAAUGUCUGCUGUGUAAGGAGCAUGUGCAGUCUAGGACAAAGAUAGAAGAAUGUGUUGUAUGUUCAGACAAGAAGGCAUCGGUUCUCUUCAAACCCUGCUCUCAUAUGUGUGCUUGUGAUGGUUGUGCAAGCUUAAUGAAGAAAUGUGUGCAGUGUAGAGCUUCUAUAGAUAAACUGGUACCCUUCAUUGUCUGCUGUGGAGGAAAUCCCCCUCCAGCCCCGCAGCCAGCUGGUAUCAUGAACAACGGAGCCAAAGACGUUGGUAAAGACAUCCAGAAACUACAACAACAACUACAGGAUAUCAAAGAUCAGACUUGCUGCCCGGUGUGUAUGGAUAGACUGAAAAAUAUGAUAUUCUUGUGUGGCCAUGGAACCUGUCAGAUGUGCGGCGACCGUAUGGCUGAAUGUCCGAUCUGUCGGAAACAGGUUGAGAAACGAAUUCUGCUGUACUGACAGCCAUAGAAGAUACACAUGAAUGCUGGGAGAAAUAGAGAACUUUUGCCAGACUUUUGGGAACUGUGUAAAAUGAAAGAAGUUGUGCUUCAAAUCAGAAGAUUUUUUUUUUUGUACAAAGAUAAAAACAAUUAACAUGUACUAGGCUAAAAGAAUGAUGCUGUUUAACUGAAGUCAGGCAUGUCAUGAUAUUUAAAAUCAACUGUAGUGAUUUGACCGGAGCGUGUGUAAGUUUAAGUAUUGAUCUACAGAUAAAAUACGAGUUAGAUGUCUGAUGGACAAUAUUAGUAUUUCAGUGGUUGCUGAAAGGUGUUUGUGCACUGUAAAAGCUGUCUUGAAAUUUAUGUACUGUAGACUGGGUUUAUUUCGCAUCACUUUUUGUUUUAAUUUUGAAAUGUUAAGUGUUUAAGGUAGUUCUGCACGUUUAAUAAACCAGAAGUGGUGGCGUAACGUCAUUUAUCCAGAAAACGUAAAAUAAGGCCUGGAUUUGACGUACGGAAAUGAAAAUGAUUUUAAGAAUUAAUUGAAAUUUAUGAGUAAAUUUAUUACAAUGGCACUGUUGCUAUAUUUCUAAAGUCAAAAUAUGAUAUUAAAACAUAUGACACGUUAAAAUAAUCAAAAUAAUGAUUGAAAUUAGCGUGAAAUGUCCGGUGCACUUUAAUCAUGGUCAAAUAUCUCAAAAAUAAGCACACGGACCUGUACAUUUUAUUUCACCAAAUUAUAGGUCAUGUGUUUAUUUACAACUGUAAGAAGUUUCACCAAAAUCUGCAUUGUAGGAAAAAUUCUAUUCGCGAAAAUGUUUAGAAAGUAAUGAUUUUUCCAUAGACUCCCAUUAUGAAAUAUUGCGUGAGGUCCAAAUUUUUCAAAUCAGUCUAGCAAAAAAUCAAGCACACGACCCUAUCUUUUUUAUUUGCUGAAUGUUGUAGGUAUAUUCUGAAGUUUUGAAAAAUCAGAGUUUAAUCUCAUUGUAGAAAAAUUUCCGAUCCAAGCAUGCAGAACUACCUUAAUACUAGGAUAUCAUUAACUUUCAUGAGGGACUAAUUUAUGUGAAUUUUGUGUUUGUGUCAGUCCACAAAAAAAUUAAUGCCAUUGAACAGCAAAAAUUGACUUUCCGUUGAAAUAGUUGUUUUAACCCAAAACACAAAAUUUCAUUCCCUCAGAAUUAAAGUUUUAUAACCUUGGACCUUAGGUUGUGUCUAUAAGCUUAAAGCUUGCUACUAAAUAAGUGUGUGAAUUAAUUAGUGUGAUAUGAAUGUAGAUCUAUUGGGUAUUAUCUCCUAGCUUUUAUGUUGUUUUGAAACCCUGUUUAAAACAGUUCACUAAAGAAGCUUAUCUAUGAUACAUAUGAGUGCUUAGUAUAUGAACAAUGCUUGUAUUUAGUGCUUUUCUAUCACAAACAUAUUUUUAACUCAAUUGUUUGAAAUUGUUCGAAUAGUAGAGCUUUUGUCACACUUUCUCCGGUAUUGCAUGUUAGUAGGUUACACAGAAACUAGUGGUCAAAUCCUUUCAAACUUAACACGAUUCUUUGGCAUCAUAAACUGAAUGAAAGCUAGUUUUAUGUAAAAGGGUUUUAAGAAGAUUAGCAUGUUGUCAUUAGACAGCUCUUGUUGUAUAACCAAGUAUGCAUUGAAUCAUAAAUAAUAUGAGCCGCACCAUGAGAAAACCAACAUACUGGGUUUGCGACCAGCAUGGAUCCAGACCAGCCUGCGCAUCCGCACAGUCUGGUCAGGAUCCAUGCUGUUCGCUUUCAAAGUCUAUUGCCAUUAGAGGAACUGUAAGCGAACAGCAUGGAUCCUGACCAGACUGUGCGGAUGCGCAGCCUGGUCUGGAUCCAUGCUGGUCGCAAAGCCACUAUGUUGAUUUUCUCAUGUCACGGCUCAUUUUAUAUUGUUGCACACUUGUGCACAAUUUUUUGUUGGCUUUUAGAUAUUUAAAUUCUUUGUUAAUUUAUAAGUGUUAUUUCUUUGCAAGUCUUAAAUUUGUUUCGCAGAGCAUUUUGAAACCAAGGGAUACACCUCCAGAUUUAUGUCAGAUUAUUAGAGCUUUUGUAAGAAGUUAUGUUUGUAAGUUUUCAUAAAUAUGAAGUAAAUACAAGGCAGAGUGAGUCUGGUAGUUCUAGGGAUAUUUAAUCAUGAAGAAGUCUAGUGUCCAUUAAUUCAAUUAGAAUGUUCGCUAUUCAGUCAAUAAGUUUUCAUCAAACAUCCAUUUGAAUAAUAAAUGGUACUGCCCAAAUUGAAUGAUGGACCAGUCCAUUUUAUAAAUUUAGCAGGCUGGAGGUUAAAUUUCAUGGAUUGACUCGAUCACGAAAUCCACAAAAAUAAGUCCCCCAUGAACAUUAAUGAUUACACAACACUGAACUGACUUUUUCACAUGUUUUGAAAAUUGUGAUAUUCUGAAGUUUAUCUGGAGACAAAUCGGAUAAAUAAUAAAUGGUCAUGUUAUCAACUCAGAUUUCUCCCUAUUUUGAAAUUUGAUAGUGUAAAUAUUUUGAAAAUGUAUUGCAGUAGGAACUUAAAUGGGAAACUCACUAUAAUAUAUAAACCUUUAUAAAUUUUGUUUUGUAAAUAAUUCUUACAUUAUACUUUGUAAAUACAACACUGUUUUGUUAUUUAUAUAAUUAUACUUAAUAUAAGUAUCUAUUGGUUAAAUUCAGUGAUACAGUCUGGAAAGAAAAAAAGUACCUUAUAUUUUUGAUGUUGAUAAAAUACUUGAUGCAUGUUUUGAAGAAAUUGUUGCAAUUGUUCAUUUAGUAUUGCCAUAUACACCAGAAUAAAAGCCCCUGGGGCUAAACAUUUUUCAAAAGCGGUGCACAUAUUUCAUUAUUGGGGAAAAGAAAAGAAUGCAUAACAUCUGUUUUCCUUAAAACUGGUUUUAAAUGCAAUUUCUUUUUGUUGGUUGAUAAGUUGGAUAAGUUCAAUUUCAAUGAAAACAAAAGAAAAGGAAAGUGCAUUACAUCUGAGUUGAAAUUUAUUAAUAACCUACAUGAUGUAUCAAAAGCAGCAGCAAGAGAACUUUUAGAUUCAGCUAAAUGUUUUGAUACUUCUUUUGACUUGUGAAUUGAAAUAUUUGCAUCAGUUAGUUAGUGACUGGAAAUGGUUAAAUUUCCAGAAACUUUCACAGGCAAAAGCUUCUAAAUCAAAGGGGAAAAAAAGACUUACUAAGUUCAAAAUGUUGAAAAACAAGAAGUAAAUUUUGAAAGAAUAUAGUUAUGUACAAGACAGAGACUUGUUGUGAGACUACAUUUAGGCCGCACUAUGAGAAAACCAACAUAGUGCGUUUGUGACCAGCAUGGAUCCAGACCAGCCUGCACAUUCAUGCAGUCUGGUCAGGAUCCAUGCUGUUCGCUAAUGGUUUCUCUAAUUGCAAUAGGCUUUGAAAGCGAACAGCAUGGAUCCUGACCAGACUGCACAGAUGCGCAGGCUGGUCUGGAUCCAUGCUGGUUGCAAAUGCUGUAUGUUGGUUUUCUCAUGGCAUGGCUCAUUUAUUAUUUUGUAUAUAUUUUAAUUCCCCAUUAUCAUGGAUAUUGCCCUUGUUUGUAUAAAUGCUGUCACACUAGUUUCAAACUGGUCUUUGUACCAUAUAAUUAUUGCAUGUGAGUAAAUUGUUACAAAUUGCCUGUGGUCAUUUUUCAGAUGUGAUAAAUAAAUUGGUAGAUUUUGUA